GUAAAUAACACUGCAAUGAACAUAGGAGUGCAUAUAUUCUUUCAGAUUAGUGUUUCGGUUUCUUCAGAUAUAUUCCCAGAGGUGGAAUUGCUGGGUCACAAGGCAGGUCCACUUUUAACCUUUUUGCAGUAACUCCACACUGCUCUCCGCAGUGAGCGCACCCACACACGUGGUUCCCCACCAACAGUGGAGUUCCCUUUUCUCUGCACCCUCACCAGCACUUGUCAUUGUUGAUUUAUUGGCGAUAGCCAUUCUGACAGGCGUGCUGGGCUUUUCUUGUUGUAUGUGGCCCACAGGCGCCAGCCAAGUCUUCAGGCUGCCAUGACUCAGUCAUGUCAAGCCUGAACGAAGACAUCCGGAAUCUGUGGACUAUGGAGGCGCUGUCGCACUCCAGGCUGAACGUGCCGCUGACUAGUCUUUGUGAGGACUCUGAACCGGAGGGCAGCAGCGUAGGCAGCAAGACUGACCAUUGGUACCACCGGAAGGACAUCGACCAAGACUCUGAGGUCACCUGGGAACAAUGGGACGACAGAAAGGACAAGCCAGAGGAGCUGGGCUCCAGCACCUUCCAGGGAGACGAGGAUACCAGAACCAAGACGGAAACGCCUCCCUCAAUGGCAUCACCCAGAAUCUCGAAGCACUCACCCCACCGAGCCUACUGGGUGGAGCAGCAGAACAGGGUUGGAGGCACCAGAGGAAGACUGAGGCUGCCUCUGCCCCUGGUGGAACUCAUGGAGAGUGAGGCUCUGGAAAUCCUCACCAAAGCCCUCCACAGCUACCGGUCAGGGAUCGGCAAGGACCACUUCUUAACCAAGCAGCUGCAGAGAUACAUCGAGGGACUCAAGAGGCGACGGAGCAAGAGGCAACACGUCAUGGUGCACUGAGAGCACCAGCUCAGGCUCAAGUGACUGUCCGACGCCAGCCCUAGUCCCUGUCCUGCCCUGAGAUGCAGCCCGACCCCCUCCACGUGGAAUUUGAACCCUAGAGAAAUAAAAGAGCCUGUACAAGG